GUCUGAAUUCGGACGAUCACUUUUACUUGACAUCUACAACUUUUACUUUUCAGUAUCCAACUAUCGAAUAGACCAAGCGUCGAUCAUUUCCUUUCACACUAUACACACAUACAACUGAACGUCAUUGCCGGCUCGAACAAGUAUUUCACUACGGCAGGAACUAGACUUUACAAGGUUUACACUACGAACACGAAGAUACGAAGCGUUGGAAUUAGACAAGAUGAAGCUCUCUGCUGUUGCCGUCGUCGCCGCCGCGGUUGCUGGUGUUGGUGCCGUGCCCGUUGAAUCUGGCCCCAUCGCAAGCCUCCAAGCCCGCGCCUCAGACGCAAUCGGCGGCGUCGUAAGCUUCAUUAAGCGCGAAGACGCCGGAAAACCUGUCGUCCCGCAAAUUAAGCGUUCCCCCAUCCGUUUCCACUCCGGCCUCGCGCACGAGGAAGCCAUGGCCGCCGUUGCCCGACGCGCCGACAAGAAGCCCGGCAAGAACGACCCGCCUCCACCCCUGAACCCAUUUGGCACCGACGCGAGGAAGCGUGAGGCGCUAAUCGAGGCGCGCAAGAAGAAGGGGGAGGAGGAGGUCCCGCCGCUGGCACCGUUUUCGACAAAGAGUAAAGGGGAAAAGAGGGGUGGUGACUUGACGACGAGGCAGAAGGCCAAGGAGAGUGUGCCGCAUUUGGCGCCGUUUUCUACGGGGGGAAGCAAGUCGAAGAAGGCUGUGAGAAUGUAGAGUCUUUCGACUUGAUUCCUCGUGAUUUUUUUGGUCGCUUCUUGUCAAAGGCAACAUCUUCUUCUCUUCUCCCGAUCGGGCUGGAAUCCGCUGGCAAUGAUUGAGAGUUUUGUUCCCUCUCUCGCAAGGCUGGGUCACUUUUGCGUCAACAUAACGGGUGGAGGGGAGAUGGAUGGGAAGCAGCCUUUUUUUCCGUCUUUUAGAGUGGGUGGGGGGUUGUGAGCAUUCCCGGG